GUCUCCUCCAUUGAAGGCUAGAUUGUGCUUCCCAUUUUGUGAGUCAGCUUGCUGGUUAAAACUCUUUGAGCUUUGAUUGUGAGAAAUGGCACGGGGUCGAAUAAGGGCGAGGAUUCGCCGGAGCCAUCUUUAUACAUUCACAUGUCUUAGGCCAAGAUCUAAGGAAGAUGGACCACAUCCCAUGGACGGGCCUGGAUACUCAAGAAUUGUACAUUGCAACCAGCCUGAAAUGCACAAGAAAAAACCUUUCAAGUAUUGCUCAAAUUAUACAUCGACCACAAAGUAUAAUGUUCUCACAUUUUUGCCAAAGGCAUUGUAUGAACAAUUUCAUCGAGUUGCCAAUUUAUACUUCCUUGGGUGUGCAAUUAUUUCUGUAACACCACUUUCACCAUUCUCUGCUGUGAGCAUGAUUGCCCCUUUGGUCUUUGUUGUGGGUCUUAGUAUGGCGAAGGAAGGUUUAGAGGAUUGGCGAAGGUUUAUGCAGGACAUGAAGGUUAAUAGCCGGAAAGUUAGUGUUCAUGAAGGAGAUGGUGUUUUUGGUUAUAGGCCAUGGCAGAAGAUUCAGGUUGGAGAUGUGGUGAAAGUGGAGAAGGAUCAGUUUUUCCCAGCAGACUUACUACUCUUGUCAUCGGGUUAUGAGGAUGGAAUUUGCUACGUGGAGACAAUGAACUUAGAUGGUGAAACAAACUUGAAGGUGAAGAGAGCUUUGGAGGUAACCUUGCCUUUGGGUGAGGAUGGGGCUUUCAAGACUUUCACAGGAACAAUUAAAUGCGAAGACCCAAACCCCAGUCUAUAUACCUUUGUUGGUAAUUUUGAAUAUGAUCGCCAACUUUAUCCCCUUGAUCCUAGUCAGAUUCUCCUCAGAGAUUCAAAACUUAGGAACACAACUUUUGUCUAUGGUGUGGUGAUUUUCACGGGUCAUGAUAGCAAGGUCAUGCAGAAUUCAACAAGGUCUCCAUCAAAAAGGAGCAGAAUAGAAAGAAAAAUGGACUAUAUAAUAUACAUCCUUUUCAGCCUCCUUCUGGUGAUCUCACUUAUCAGCUCCAUAGGCUUUGCUGUGAAGACAAAGCUGCAAAUGCCAGACUGGUGGUACUUAGCACCCAAUGAUACAGAUAAUUACUAUAAUCCCCAAAAACCUGCAAUAUCAGGGCUUUCCCAUCUGGUCACUGCUCUUAUUCUUUAUGGAUAUUUGAUACCUAUCUCACUUUAUGUUUCCAUUGAGGUGGUGAAGGUUUUGCAAGCAAGUUUCAUUAAUCAAGACAUACAUAUGUAUGAUGAAGAAACUGGAAAACCUGCUAAUGCACGGACAUCAAACUUAAAUGAGGAAUUGGGCCAAGUAGACACAAUCCUCUCAGAUAAAACUGGCACUUUGACCUGUAAUCAGAUGGAUUUUCUCAAGUGUUCAAUUGCUGGUACUGCUUAUGGUGUGCGAUCCAGUGAAGUUGAAAUUGCUGCAGCAAAACAGAUGGCUAUGGACUUUGAGGAUCAGGAUGCAGAAAUGUCUAGUGUUUCCAGGCGCAAAAAUAGAGCAUCAGAAAUUGAACUAGAGACUGUUGUUACCUCUACAUAUGAAAAAGAUCAUAAGCCAACCAUAAAGGGAUUUUGCUUCCAGGACAGCCGCCUCAUGGAUGGAAACUGGUUUAAUGAGCCAAAUUCAGAUGUCAUUCUGUUAUUUUUCCGCAUAUUGGCAGUUUGCCACACUGCUAUUCCUGAGCUGAAUGAAGAGACUGGCACUUUUACUUAUGAAGCAGAGUCACCUGAUGAAGGAGCUUUUCUUGUUGCAGCCAGAGAAUUUGGUUUUGAGUUCUUUAAAAGAACACAAUCGAGCGUGUUUAUCCGUGAAAGACAUCCUUCAUCAGGACAACCUAUUGAAAGGGAGUUCAAAAUCCUCAACCUGUUGGAUUUUACGAGCAAAAGAAAGCGGAUGUCGGUAAUUGUGCGCGAUGAGGAUGGACAGAUUCUUCUCCUCUGCAAGGGUGCUGACAGCAUCAUUUUUGAUAGAUUAUCAAAGAACGGAAGAAUGUAUGAGGAAGCGACAACAAGGCAUUUGAAUGAAUAUGGAGAAUCUGGGCUGAGAACUUUGGCACUCGCUUAUAGAAAGCUUGAGGAGUCUGAAUAUGCUGCUUGGAACAAUGAAUUUCACAAAGCAAAAACUUCUGUGGGAGCUGAUAGAGAUGAAAUGCUUGAGCAAGUGUCAGAUAUAAUGGAGAGGGAGUUAACCCUUGUGGGUGCUACAGCUGUGGAAGAUAAAUUGCAAAAAGGGGUACCCCAAUGCAUAGAUAAGCUCGCACAAGCUGGUCUCAAGAUCUGGGUUUUAACAGGGGAUAAGAUGGAAACUGCCAUAAACAUAGGCUUCGCAUGCAGCCUGCUUAGACAAGGCAUGAAGCAAGUCUGUAUUUCAGCAAUGAAUUCUGAGGCCAAUGAGGCUGUCAAAGAGAACAUACUGAAUCAAAUAACUAAUGCUUCACAAAUGAUCCAACUAGAAGAGGAUCCACAUGCUGCCUUUGCGUUGAUAAUUGAUGGGAAAAGUCUAACAUAUGCUUUGGAGGAUGAUAUAAAACAGCAGUUCUUAGAAUUAGCUGUUGAAUGUGCAUCUGUCAUAUGCUGUCGUGUGUCUCCCAAGCAGAAGGCACUAGUAACACGAUUAGUAAAACAAGGAACUGGGAAAACCACCUUAGCAAUAGGUGAUGGUGCAAAUGAUGUUGGAAUGAUUCAAGAAGCUGACAUUGGUGUUGGCAUCAGUGGGGUGGAAGGUAUGCAGGCUGUGAUGGCUAGUGACUUCUCUCUUGCCCAAUUUCGAUUUUUGGAAAGGCUUCUCGUUGUCCAUGGACACUGGUGCUACAAGAGGAUUGCCCAGAUGAUAUGCUAUUUCUUCUACAAGAACAUUGCAUUUGGUCUUACUCUCUUCUACUUUGAGGCAUUCACUGGUUUCUCUGGGCAGUCAGUUUAUGAUGACUGGUACAUGUUGUUGUUCAAUGUUGUCCUUACUUCAUUCCCUGUCAUUUCACUAGGAGUUUUCGAACAGGAUGUUUCUUCUGAUGUUUGCUUACAGUUCCCCACAUUGUAUCAGCAAGGACCUAGGAAUUUGUUCUUUGACUGGUAUAGGAUAUUUGGAUGGAUGGGAAAUGGUCUCUAUUCCUCUCUCGUUAUUUUCUUCCUCAAUAUAAUGAUCUUCUAUGAUCAAGCCUUCCGCAAUGGAGGCCAGACUGCUGAUAUGGGUGCCUUGGGCACUGCAAUGUUCACCUGCAUCAUUUGGGCCCUCAACUGCCAGAUUGCACUCACAAUGAGCCAUUUUACAUGGAUCCAACACCUCUUAAUCUGGGGCAGCAUAGUCACUUGGUAUUUGUUUCUCUUUGUUUAUGGCAUGAUUACUCCCACAAUUUCUGGCAAUGCCUACCAGCUUCUCGUCGAAGCCCUUGCUCCUGCACCCAUCUAUUGGUUGGCCAUCCUCUUAGUGACAGUUGCUUGUAAUCUUCCUUACAUGGCCCAUAUAUCAUUCCAAAGAUGCUUCAACCCCAUGGAUCACCACAUAAUCCAAGAAAUCAAGUACUGCAGGAAAGAUGUUGAGGAUCAUCGGAUGUGGACUAGGGAGCGAUCCAAGGCAAGACAGAAAACCAAUAUUGGAUUCACAGCACGCGUGGAUGCAAAGAUCAGACAGUUGAGAGGGAGGUUGCAAAGGAAACAACCUUCUGUGGAGCAUGUGAAUGAUAUCACACCCUCAUCCUCAUAACAAUGCCCAAUAUUUCAUUUUCUUUCCUGUUUUAAAAGAUUUUUAGUAAAUAUUUUUUCUUUCUCCACCUGCAGUUUUACAUUGUAAAAAAAAAAAAAACACUUUUUAUAUUCAUUUGUCCAUCUCUUUAAGAGGUUGGCUAAAGUCCCAUUCCUUUAUAGGGAAGCCUAGGUGUUGUUGUAUGUACACUACUUGAAGUAUAUGAGAGUACAUAGCUUAUGAAAAUAGAGUUAACAUUUAACA